UAAACUAACCGAAGAAAUGGUAUGGGGGAGUCCAACUUGCAGCUGCAGCACCGAAAUAAAGAUAAGCUCAGCCCUUCUGGCAUUUAUACGCGCCGAUCGAUCGCCAGCGACGACGGGCCAAGAAAGGGGAAAGGACGCCGGAGGAGAGCAACCACACCUGGAGGCAAGGGAACCGGGCGAAUCGAAGCAAGUUUCGUGCUGAUUCCGGUUGGUUCGGGGGCUUGCUUCCUCCUCUGCUUCCGUGAGAGAUUUGAGGUGCGCGCGCGCGGGGAAGAUGGCUCCUGCGAAAUCCAUGGAGAGGGCCACCAGCUUCGCCAUGGCCUGCAGCCUCCUCAGCCGCUACGUCAGGGAGAAGGGCGCCGCCGCCGGGGAGGUCGGCCUCGGCAUCAGAGUUGAAGCAGCGGAUGCACAGAGGACGUCGGCAGACGCACGGAAAGGGGACGCGAGGAAGGAGACCAUGGAUCUCUUUCCCCAAAACGCUGGGUUCUGCUCCGAUGCCGCAGGGCAGGGAGCCCCUGAUGCCAGGGAGAAAGAGAAGCACCAGCUGACAAUCUUCUACAAUGGGAAGGUCCUUGUGUUCGAUAACUUCCCUGCUGAGAAGGCGAACGACCUGAUGCAGAUGGCCGGGAAGGGUGCAUCCGUGUCUCAGAGCUCUGGCUUGCUGCCUUCUCCAGCAGUUGCAGCUGUUAACGUUACUGACAGCACUAAGGUCGCAGCUGUGUCAGCUGCGCCGAUUCCUUUGGUCAGUGCCCAGAAGAAUGCAGCAGAUAUACCCCAGGCUCCGAAAGCGUCUCUUCGCCGGUUCCUUGAGAAGAGAAAGGAUCGCCUUACCGCAAAAGCACCAUACCAAAGCUCCCCUUCAGAUGCUGCGGCACAUGUGAAGGAGACGCCAGAGAACCAACCGUGGCUGGGGCUAGGACCUCAGACCGCCAACCCUGACCUGAGCUUGCGCCAGGAGCGCAACCAGUGAUCAGCGAUCCAGCGUCACCAUCUUCGAAACUGCGCUACCGAUAUGUUUGUGUUAGGCCUAUGAUGAUUCCGGUAUGUGAUAUCUUUCGCUCGGAACACAUAGGUGGUUUUGGAUGUAAAGAAAGUUGGUGAUGAUGGAACGCGCAUGAGGAUAUUACCGGCGCCAGGGCAAAGCUUGCUGGCUGAUCGACCCGUGCCGACCUGCCUGACCCGUAUUAUACCACGGAAGAAAGAAGACACUGUGAUGUAGCUGCUAGAAAAAGAAAAAAAACUCCGUAUUUUGUUUUGGGCUGAUGUUCUGUGUCGUUUGGCUUUGGCACCGCAUCAGCGUGCAGCAAGGCUAGUGACUGUAACAGAUACUACGUGCCGUAUGAUUAUUUUAAUUUUAUUUUCAUGUUGAUAUUGAUC